UUAAUUAUUUUAGCUUAACAGAUCAAUAGAGAUACUGCCAACAUGUCUCAGUCAUCGGACUCAUCACCAAAAAAAAAUUAUCAAGAGUCCAAAUUUACAUCUCUUGAAGGAUAUAUGCAUGGCUUAAGUAAAAUCAAGACUGCAUCAAAUGGAACAACAAAUUACUUUGACCUCAAGCUCCAGACGUCUGACGAUAAAACUGUUCGUCUUGUUUGUUUUUCACCACCAAAACGGAGCGUUCUUCUAACUGCAUAUGAAAAAAGAUCACCAGUUAAAAUAGAAGCCAACUUGAACCCUAAAAAACGACUUAACAGCGACUUAGAAGAGUACACAGUUCCUAAGAGUGCUAAAAUAAUGCCAACUGAGCUAGAGUUCAACUUCAAUGAGAAUCUUGACAAUCAUUUACAUGCAGUCAGUCAAGCACUUCAAGCCAACAUCUAUACCACUGUAGACCUUAAGGUCAAAGUCAUUAUCAAAGAAGAGAAUAAGAAUCCCAUUGUUCAAGACACAAAAACCAGAUACAAGUGUGACACACUAGUGGCUGAUGAAACUGGAUGUGCUAAGUUGGUGUUAUGGGAGAACACAAUAAAUCAAGUGGCAAGAGGAAAGUCCUACCAUUUCAAAAAUGUAACUGUGCGCAUUUUCGAUGAUGAGAAAUAUCUGAACACCAAUGAAUCCACAACAGUUGAAGAAAUAGAUGAUAUUCAGAAUAUCAAUGUUGACGCACCAGAAAUCAAGAAUAAUCUCCUCAAAGUGAAAGUGGUAGGAGUAAACAUAAAGAAGUCACCAUCUUGCUUGGCCUGCAACCACACAUUUCCAACUAAAGAGCAACCGGCACCAGAUGAAGAAGAAAUAACCUGUACCAAUUGUAACAUCACAACACUAACAUCUUUCUGUAACACAAAGAUGGCGGCACAAAUAAUUGUUAAAACUACUACUCAAGAAUUAGAUACCUAUACAUGUUUCAAUGAUGGCAUCGAGAGUUUUCUCAAGAAUGUAAAAUCUCCUAAAUCUUUGACACAAAUAGAACCAGCAGAACUUAAAUUCCUCCUCUUGAAAUCUGGUCAACACACCAUAAUAGUUGACAAAAAGGCAAAAAUCAUAGCCUAAUUUCUACCUGCCCCUAAUCACCAGUCAACUGUAACACCCUGAGGGGCAGGAGGAGGCUUUUUGGUCAUAUAUUGAAAGAGAAAAUGUUACUUGUGCAGUAAGAACUGAGAGUUCACAAAUAUUCUGAUAUUAAUAAUGUUUAAUUGAUUAUUUUCUGUGAAACUCACGACUAUUGUUUUUCACAUUGAGUUCAGCAAAAAAAGGCAACACUCGUCAAUUUGUUACAAGAAUGUGAAACUGUGCAUAUUCAGAGGUGUGGCAAAUAGUGGUAUCUACUAAAACUAGAACACCGGAACAUCCACUAACAAUGUUAGUGAACAGUUAGAAUCAGGGUUGGAAUUGACGGUUAGUGGUGAGCGAUUAGCAGCUAUGGUUUGCAUUUACUGUUUUUGGUGGUUAGGAUUUUUUAAAGGGUGUUCCAGCCGCUUCUAAGUUGUUCCGCUACAACAGUGUUCCUGGUUUUAGUACACGCCAAAAGUAGUGUAGUUGUGUUUGUAGUUAAUAAUUUCAAAAAUGCAAUCAUUGCAUCUACAAGCAGAACAUCUAUCUAAUUUCAAACCAUGAAUUAUGUAAAUCGCCAGACGAUGCACAAGAUUGUGUUUUCUUAUGUUGCAGUUUAAAAAAAUGAAUGCAGUUUUUUUUUAUAAAAGGCAUUUACAUUGCUUAAAUUGCCAGUGAAUGCACAACUUCAGUUCUGUUUAGUUAUCUUGGGGUUAAAAAAAAACUGGAUGCAGUUUUUCAUAACCUUAUUUAUACUGGACUCAUGUGAACAGUUAACAAAUGUUCAUGUUGAUUUUGUUAAAAAGCAUUUACAUUCCUUAGAGUACAUUACAGGUCGAAAGCAGUCAAAGUCGAAUUGUGAGCCAAAGAUAAUUACUUAAAUCCACACAAUUAAAGCGUUACAUUAGCCUCACUUUAUAUUGUAGUUAAAACAAAACAACCUCUUUGUAUCUACAAAUAUGCAAAGAUGACUUGAAUAAACUGUUACUGUUA